GGAAACCGGAAAAUCCAAAAAUCCGGUACACUUCCGGUUUUGAGCUUGCCGGAUAAUCGGCCCGGUUGUAUAACAAGAUUUCAAAUAUUCACUGCGGAGAAUUGUCGGUCGUCAGACACGCGGCAACAUGUUGUUCUAUUCUUUCUUCAAAUCAUUAGUUGGUAAAGAUGUCGUUGUGGAAUUAAAGAAUGAUCUCAGUAUUUGCGGCACUUUGCAUUCAGUGGACCAGUUUUUAAACAUAAAACUAACUGACAUCAGCGUUACAGAUCCUGAAAAAUAUCCACAUAUGCUCUCUGUCAAGAACUGCUUCAUCCGUGGCUCCGUUGUCCGUUAUGUCCAGCUGCCAGCAGACGAGUGUGAUACGCAACUGCUGCAAGACGCAGCACGCAAAGAAGCUGCACAGAACAAGCAGAGAUAAUAACAACAACCAACAAUGCAUCUCCAACUCUCUUGUAAUUUAAUCAAACUAUUCUCUCUCUCUCUCUCUCCUUUCCUCCUCCCAUGCAUAUGUGUACAUAGACUUCCAUCAAACACAAACACAUGAUUAUGAUGAUCAUCGUCAUCAUAUAUAGCUAAUAAAAAAGAGAAGUUACAUGUUUUUUUUUAUUA